AAUAGGGCGCGGUGUGUCCUAUUCCUGGCCACGACGUAUUCCGGAGAUCGCCGGCGUCACUUCGACCGUGGACGUCUCCACCUCCGGGGCAAGGUACGGCGGCCACCCCUUCCGCCGCCCCACUCUCUCCGAGAAGAGGUCUUUCGGAUGUGAGGUUUUUGAGGCAUGGAUAGGGUCGGUUCAAGCUUUUGAGAUAUAAGGCGCUUCUUGCCUUUUCGCCAUUGUCCUCAUUCAUCUCCCACUCGUCCCACCACCUGUUCAUCUCCUUCUCCUUCCUUUAGAAGUGGAGAAGAAAGCAUUAUUAUUAAAUAAAAGGUGGAUGAUCCCGAUCUGGAGGCGGUGACGGAGUUGAAGAACAACUAGGGUUUUAUGAUCGCACUCGUCUUGAUCCUGUAAACCUGCAGCCGGCCAACACGCUUCUCCGAUCCUUACUCCAUGGGUCUCCUCAGCAUCAUAAGGAAAAUCAAGAGAAAAGAGAAGGAAAUGCGAAUCCUCAUGGUUGGGCUCGACAACUCGGGAAAGACGACAAUCGUGCUGAAGAUCAACGGUGAGGACACCAGCGUCAUCAGCCCCACUCUGGGCUUCAACAUCAAGACGAUCAAGUACCAAAAGUAUUCCCUUAACAUAUGGGAUGUUGGUGGUCAGAAGACAAUCAGGUCUUAUUGGAGGAACUACUUUGAGCAGACUGACGGUUUGGUGUGGGUUGUCGACAGCUCUGAUGUUCGGAGGCUGGAUGAUUGCCGGAUGGAGCUGGAAAAUCUCUUAAAAGAAGAGAGAUUAUCAGGGGCGUCUUUGUUGGUCUUUGCAAAUAAGCAGGAUAUACAAGGUGCUCUCAAACCAUCAGAAAUAGCAAAGGCGCUAAAUUUGGAUGCUUUGGACAGAACUAGGCAUUGGAAAAUUGUGGGCUGUAGUGCCUACACUGGUGAAGGAUUGCUUGAGGGGUUUGAUUGGAUGGUUCAGGAUAUCGCUUCUCGAAUUUAUGUACUGGACUGAAAAUGAGUGAGCGGUUCAACUAAAAAUUUGUACUUUUGAAGAUGUUCAUUCUGAUUCUUACAGAAUACUUGGGCAGAUAAUUUUCAUAUUGGAGAUGCCUCCCCUCCCUCCC